UCCGGUUAACAACUAACCGAAGAACAGCGACGGACAAACACUGUUUCUGUGGACCUGUGCACAUCAAAAGCGUUUAUAGUGAUCGACUGUUAUCUCUGUUAGGUGUUCUAAUGCACGCUUGAAGAUAAAAAAAACACAGCCUACUUAGAGAAACUGGUUUUCAAGUAUGGAGUAGAAAAGGGGUUUCAAGGCAGACAGCUCUCAACCAUGUGAGUAUAGAAAAUGCCUUUAUUCAAGAUCAAGAAAAGUAAGAAGUACAAUGUGGUGUCAAAGAACUCCUACGUGAUUUCGGUGCAGAUGUUAGAUAACACUGUAGUGGAGUGCACACUGACAGCUGAAGGAACAGGACAGGAGUGUUUGGACAGGGUCUGUCAGCGCCUGGAAAUCAGAGAGCAACAAUUUUUCGGACUUCGGUACGUGUCGAAGAAGUUGAAGCUUCGAUGGAUAGAGCUGAACAAGCCACUGCAGCGAAUACUGGAGAAGCAUGCACACGAGCCAUGGCUCUACUUUGGUGUGAUGUUCUACGUGUCGGACAUAAACAGCCUGCGAGAUGACACCGCCAGAUACCAGUUUUACCUGCAGCUGAAGAAUGAUGUAAUAGAGGGCGUGCUGCAAUGUUCGGCUGAGCAAGCUGUCCUGCUGGCUAGCUACAGCUUACAAGCCGAACUCGGCGACCACGACGACGGCAAGCUGACGGCGGAGUACCUCAAGGACUUCGUGCUGCUGCCGCGUCACAUGACGCAGGACGACGCCUCGCUGCUCGCUCUCACGCAGCAGGCCGUGUCCGCGCACCGCGUGCUGCGAGGCGUCGCGCACCCCGUCGCAGAACUCUACUACAUAGUAGAGGCACAGCAGCUGGAUGGCUACGGCCAGGAGUGCCACCCCGCCACGGAUGAAGCUGGCAACGAGCUGCUGCUGGGUGCAUCGUCGACGGGCGUGUUCGUAAGACAUCUGAACGGACAGCCGACCGUGUACUUCCGCUGGAGCGACAUUGUCAACAUGGAACACAACAAGCGUCUCUUCGGUAUCGUCUGCUCACGAAGCAAAGAGACGGUGCAGUUCCAGAUGGAGGAUCCAGAGAUGGCAAAAUACGUGUGGAAGCUAUGUGUCCUGCAGCACAAAUUUUACAUGCGCUCCCAAACUAACCCAGGUGUUAACAAAGAGUUUUCGCUGGAUUCACUAAGGAUCGUCACGCCUGAUUUCCAACAGAAUCUGUCGCCGUCACACAUACAGCAAGAUCUGUCUGCGCCCGACCAGAUGAUAUCAUACUCUCACGAACAGCUACCCUUCCCCACCGUGCAAGAGCACAGUACAGAGCAACUGCAGUACCCUUCACCCCAGCAGGUGGCGUUACCGGUGGAGAAUCUCGGCUACGUCGCGGCGGGGGAGCCGAUGCUGGGGCCGGAGGCACCGCGGCCCGAGCCGCACACUCUCCUCUACAGCCACGAGGGACUCUACGAGUUGGAACGGGAGCCUCGGCUAGAAGAGGAGAGCUCUGAGCACGCAGCGUCGGCGCGAGGCGAGAGAAACUCGAUCUCGUUCAACGCGGCCCUGCCGCCGCCGCCGCGCGUCAUGCAUCACUCGGCGUCCAGCGGAAACCUGAGCGGUGGUAACCACGACGACGCGAUGGCGGCGGGGAUCGACGUGCGACCGUACCUGACGCCGCCGACGACGUCGCGCAUGAUGCCACGACUUCCGGAUUACAGGAAGAGUCCGGACUACGACGUGGUGAUGGAGCAUCUCUAUGCUCAGCAGGGUGCCAGCUCAGGAAUCUACGCGCACUCUGACGUGUUGGCCUACUCACAGCCCGACGUUGCGCAGGUCUUCCACCAGGGCGGCGCUCACGCGACGUACGCCUCCGCGGCACCGACGCACACGUAUAGCACCCCUGAGCUGAGUUACACGAAUCAUCAGGAUGGCGGCGGCGGUGCAGCCAUUCAUCUCAUGGACGAGCUGUAUGAUUACAAGCCGCCGCCGCCGUACGCGCGACCAAGCAACAGCACGCCCGAUCUCGCUUCUCAGCUGCUCACGAAGGCAGACCUGAGCAGCAGCUCACCUGAUCUGAUCUCACACAGAUACCUGCACCACGUGCAUCAGUCUCACCAGCAGCACGCGCCGCUCGAUCGCACCAUUGAGAACCUAGCCGAGAUCUCUGAGCUGGAGCAGUACAGUCCGCGCGCCAUGCAGCUGCUCGGUCCUCGCCAGCCGCUCAGUCACGUCGCCCAGUCGUCGCAUGGUCCCCACGGCGACGAGAUGCAGGUGUGCAGUUACCACGGCAACCGCGUCGUGAUGCACGGGCUUCGCGUCGCCGCCGGCAACGAGGCAAGCGAGAUGCUGCAGAUGCACGGCAUCGGCAGCGGCGACCACCAGGGGUUGCACGCGCAGGGACAUUACGUUUGCGCGGCGGCGGCGAUCCGCGACGCGCCCAGUCCUCGCAGCGAGCAUUCGAUAGAUGGCGCCACCCUUCGCGCGACGGAGACAGACAGUAGGUCGGGGUCGUCGACGGAGCACAUCAGCGUCGUUACGUCUUUCAAGCGACAGCCGUCGUCAACGACGCGAGUGAUGCCAUCCUCCCUGAUUGCAUCCGCUGCCGCCGUGCCGCAGCCAGCGCCGCCACUGCUGCUGUCGUUGUCCAACGUUAGCGAAGAGAUCGAAGGAAGAGUACCUAAAGAUCCACGGCGCGUCCAGCUGGAGGAGAAACUCAUCGGCGGACAAGUCUUCAUCGAGUUUGAGAAGAUACCAAAGAAGCGGCUGAAGUGCGACGUUUCCACGGCGAUGCUGCCGGAGAACGGCGCGCGUAACCGCUUCCGCGACGUUGUGCCGUAUGAAGACAACGUAAUCAAGCUUACGCCAUCGCCACGCAACAAGUGCGGCUACAUCAACGCGUCUGGCGUCUCGUUGUCUGUGAAAAGAGAUAUGUUCAAGUACAUAGCCAGCCAGGGACCCAUGUCGAACACCACGGAAGAUUUUUGGCAGAUGGUCAUGGAGCACGAGUUAGCCAUCAUCAUCAUGUUGACCUCCAUCGAGGAGAAUGGACAGCAGAAGUGUGUUCCCUACUGGCCACAGCAUGGUGAUGACAGCGAUACGCUCACAUUCGGUGCUUAUCGGAUAACGCGACAGUUCAGCAAUGCCUCUGAGUGUUACGUCACCUCUAGUCUACUUGUCACACAUCUACUGUCGGGAAGACAACGCAGUGUAUGGCAUAUACAGUAUACGAACUGGCCUGACCACGGUUGCCCCGAGAAUCUCAACGGCUUUCUAGCUUUCUUAGAAGAGACGAUAGAUCUUGCGAAAGCGUUGUCUCAGCUGCGGCACCAGCGCAUGCUCAUGGUACAGACGAUGGCACAGUACAAGUUCGUUCACCAAGUGCUCAUACAAUACCUGAGGAACUCCCGACUUAUAUGA